AUGAGAUUCGUCGCUCCAUUCAUAAGUGGCGAUCGCCCGUGGCACCGGAAACCGCUCUUCGGCAACACAAAAAGCCAGCGCGCAUACAGACCCGCGAACCGGUCAGCCGGCGAGAUAGCCGCGCCGUGCGCUCGUUCAUUCACUAAUCGCGUGGUCACUCUUAAGCGGGGGUGGGGGAGGGGCUCCGGUGAAAUGGCCACGCUGCCCCCAUUCAUGAUUCUCACGGUGGCGCUUGAGGCGGACGUCCGAAAUCAUGAUUACUGUUACGGCACGCCGGGGACCGGUCCGAGC